UAAAAUCGGUGAAUGCAGUGACUUUUUACUUUGUCCAGUAUUUGAAUUCAAGACGUUUAGUUACCGAGACGAAUAGAAGUUUAUUAUUGCCAAAACUUAUUCUGCACAAUGGUUUAUAUUAAUCCGAUAAAUGUGCUUACUUUAUUAUCCAUAGCUUUUAAUUCUGUGGAUAAAAAAGUGACGCCUGUUAACAGUGCUGAGUUAGAGUUAAAAGACAUUUUAUAUGACAUAAUCGUGCAACGUAUGGAAGAUCCAACAUUCAACAUAGAACAAGAAACAUAUUUAAACAUUGAAGAAGAGUUUGCAAACGGUGAAGAUCCUGAUGUAAAUUUCCAGUGGCUGAAAGAAACGGAAAUGGACCUAACGGAAACGGACCUUACUGAUGAAGAGGAACAAGAUCAACAAUUAGAAAAAUGUACGCUCUCCGAAGCACCAACCAGUUAUGAAUACAGAAUAAAUGCUGUGGAAUACUGGAAGAAUGCAUUUAUUCAGAUAUUGAUGCGGAAAUUACAACCAAAAAAUUAUGGAGUAGAAAAGUUGAAUAGAUCCAUUAAAGAAAUUAAACAGUGUGGAAUGAAAUACUACGACAAAUAACAAAAACGUACUCUGCAAACAGAUGCAAUUACUUUCUCGCAGGAUAUAUCUGGAAAUAUGUUUAAGCAUUUAUUCAGACAUUGAUGUGGGAAUUACAACCAAAAUAUUAUGGAGUAGAAAAGUUGAAUAGGUCCAUUAAAGAAAUUAAGGAUAAUGUAUGCAUUUGUUGCAGUUAAUAAAAACGUACUACGGAUAGUUCAAAUUCUUUAUGCAUAUUUAAAAAGUAAAAAUAAAGAUAUAACACUAAAUAAAAA